AGGGGGCCGGUUGCCGAGCAAAGCGCCCCAGCUUGGGCCCGCAGGGAUAGGCUUGCCGAAAACCAGACGCCUCUUCCCCCUCUUUGCGCAUUGGCUACGCGCAAUGACGCCCUUGUGCCGAGGGAGUUUGUUUAGUUACCUGCCGGGUAGCUGGAAAGCGUCAACAUUUCGACUCCAGGCUACAGGGAAACAGCAAGAAUGGCCCCCACAAAGAAAACAAAAGGGAAGAAAGCAGUGAAGCAGAAGAAAAAUACUGGGCCAGAUGAGGAAAAAUAUAGAAAGACUGUGCUGGAGGUUGACACUCUAAAGCAGCACCUUGUUCUUCGGAGGGACAUGGCCAGACAGGUGAUGGCUGACAGUGAAGGGCUCAAGCAGAGGCUGGAGGAUCUGGAGAAAGAAUUGGAGGAGGCUCGUGGGGACAAAAAGGAUAUUUAUGAAGAGAUGAUCUGCCAGUACCGGCAACUUCAGCACCAGACUGAUACUCGGAUCCAGAAUUUAGAAGCUGAAACGCAGAACUUGCAAGCACAACUCGCCACCUGCCAAAAGGAUCUGUCGCAAAGCCGGGCGGACACGGGAAGGAUGCUGGAAGGGAAGGACAAGGCCCUUGCCGAGAUGCAGCGCAAGAUUGACGAGAUGGAGACGGAAUAUGAAAAAAUCCUGCAUGGUAGCCUGGACUGUGUCCUCUCCAAGCUGCAAAGUGCCAAGCUCAGCUGGGAGAAGGAGGCUACAGUCAUCCACAUGGAAUAUAAGCACCGGCUGAAAGAUUUUGGACUCAACCCGCUGGAGGUCUGAAGGGAUGUUGCCCAGAGCAUGCCAUGUCCUAACCCUCAACUCAGUUUAGCAUUGAAGUUUAAGUGGAGCCUGGUAUCAGACCCAAAACGUGUGGAGCAAUAGCAAUGACUGUGCCUGAGUGCGUGCCAAGUACCUUUCUGUUGCUAACCACACGCCUUUUACAUAUCUCUGAUGAAGAGGUUCUCAAACACUCUUGCUGCCUCUCUUAGCAACAAUAAUUCUAAACAAAGGUUCAUUUCUAUUUAACACAGCUUAGUUCACUUUCAUGCUCAGGGCUGCACAAUGAGUCUUCCAGCCUCUUGGUUCAUGAAGUCGCACUCCAGAGCAGACAAAAGGAUACUCUCCUCCUGUUUGAUUCAUGUGGGGCUCAGAGCUUCUGCCUCUAAUCCGUGUGCCCUGCCUGAGACCACAGCUCAAUUAGAAGAAUCCACAGGAAGGAUUUUCAGGAUUUGGAGAAGGACUGAUCAACAAGGCAGCAGCGUGAUGGUAAAAAUCAACAUCUGUGCAAAGGUGCUCACUUCUGCCACAAGUGGGAGCUCAGCCCCUUCCAGAACUGAGCUGAGGUUGUACUCUGGGAUGACAACCUGGCAGGUUCUAGAAUGCCUGGCUCAAUCCAUCCUGGCCCUGUGCAAAAAAACACAAAGUGAAUGUAGCUCAAAUCACAUCUAUGAUUUGAAGGCUAGGAUAUGCUUAAAAAUAGCAACUCGCCUGUGGCGAGGAAUAGGGGAACAUGAUCUAUGCUUCUGCUCAGCAGCUGCUGAGCAGAGGCAGCAAUCUGAUGGGUCAGCGCUCAGGACAAAAAGCCAUGGUGUUGGGCCUACCUCCUCAGGAAGAUGCAGUAGGCCUUUUCAUGGGCUUUCCUGCCUGAUGCCAGCCUCGUCUUUCUGCCUGAUGCCCCGCCCUCUGACAGCCCUGGAUCGCUCUGGGCCACCCAGUGCAAUCCAUGACUGCUCUAACCUGACUUGGCCCCCAAAACCUCCACAAAUAGGUCCGAUUUGGUUCAGGCCUUGGCCAAAUCCAGUGCAUAGCCCUAGUAAGGAAAAUGUGAUCUGCUCUUUGCAACAUAAAAGGCAAAAGAGGUUGACCAGGAUGUUGAAAGUGACACAGGGAGGGGAAAGCGACUGGGCAGUGUCCUCACAACUACGCAUCAUUACCUCUUCCAUGAAGGCGAAUGAGCCGUCGCCAGACUGGUGCUGCAGUCCAUUCUCAUGGAGGCUCCUUCUGAGAUGACAGGAGCAGGGGCUGAAGGAGGGGCUGCUGUUCCCCUGAAGCACGCUGGGCGAAGGGGAGGCAGGAGUAGCGCGCAAGCCUGACGGGGGGUCAGGGUCAUCGUAGAAAAGGAGAGGUGAUAAUCCAACCUGACAAAGCAAAUGCAGACCCCAAACAACAAGAUGAGGGCAUUGUCUGCAAAUAUAACAGAGCCCUCCCAAUACACUGAAGGUGCUCAUGCUAGUGUUUAAAGCCCUAAACAACUUGGGCCCCAAUUGGCUGAGAGACCACCUCUGCCCCUACUGAUCCUCUGAGGUAAGAUCUGCAGAGCGAAGGAGGGGGCUCUCUUGCCAGUUCCACCGCCCUCAGAAGUACGGUGGCCUAGGACAGGGCUUUCCCCAUGGCAGCCCCGGAAUUGGGGAAUCCCCUUCCGACAGAGGCGCGCCUAGCAGCAUCGCCGUUGGGUAGCUUCUGCGGUAUGGUGAAGACAUGCCUCUCUACCUUGGCCUGUGACAGUUAAGAUGCUUUGUUUAUUAGUACCCCCCUCUUUUGCUGAAUUUCUAGUCCUUCUGGUUGGAAUGGUUUCUCUGUUUUUAUAACUGUAUAUUAUGUGUUGUAACUAGGGAUGGAAGGACCUGUCUGUUUUCGGUUCUCUCAGUUUCUCAUUUUUCAAUCUUAAAUUCAGUUCACAUUUCUGCUAGUAAUUUGCAAUCUUUUUUUUUUAAAGAAAUCCCCAUGAACAUUCUUCAGCAUUUAAGUUCAAUCCUCUCCUAAUAAAUACACUUUUG